AUGUAGAAUAGUGAAAAAAUAACUGAAAAAAAUGAAGUAGUAAAUAGUAAAAAUUAAAAUAAUAAUUUGGAUUACCAACUCAAUUAAGCCAAAAAAGUAUAUUAAAAUAUUACUCAUCGUAUUAAGUAAGUGGUGACUAAAUAACCUGUUUUAUUAGAGGGAGGAUAAUUGAAAUAAUAUUAAGUAUAAGGAUUGGAUUGGCUAGUGAGUUUAUAUGAUAAUAAUUUAAAUGGUAUAUUGGCAGAUGAAAUGGGUUUGGGUAUGACUAUCUAAGCAAUCUCCUUUUUAUGUUAUUUGAUAGAGACCAAGAAAAAUUAUGGUCCUUUCUUUAUUAUUGCCCCAUUGUCGACUUUAAGUAAUUGGGAGAAUGAAUUCGAAAAAUGGGCUCCAAAAAUAAAGAAAGUAAUUUAUAAAGGAGCAACUUAAGUUAGAUAGGAAAUUUCUAAAUAAAUGAGCACAACAAUCUGGAAUAUUUGUCUUACUACUUAUGAAUUUUUACUAUAAGAUAACUUAGAAUUAUCAAAAUAUCAAUGGAAAUAUAUAAUUGUUGAUGAAAGUCAUAGUUUGAAAAAUUCUAUGAAAAAAUUAGAUAUAACUUUAGGUUAAUAAUAUUAAAACGAGAGGAGAUUACUAUUAACAUCAGCUCCUUUAUAAAAUAAUAUAGCAGAACUAAGGGCAUAGUUGAAGUUUUUAUUGCCAAAAGUGUUUUCAUCAGAUGAAGAUUUUGAGAAGUGGUUUUAAAUGCCUUAAAGCCAGAUGGGAUUUAAUGAGAAAGAUUGUUAAUUGGAUGAAGAAAAAUAAUUAUUGAUUGUUAGCAGAUUACAAUAAGUUCUAAGACCUUUUCUUUUAAGGAGGUUAAAAAAGGAUGUUGAAAAAGAGUUGCAACAAUAGACAGAAUAUGUUAUUAAGGUAAAACUAUCAGCUUGGUAAAAAAAGAUUUAUGACUAAAUUUAUUAAAGAGACAUCACCAUUAUUGAUUAGUAAAUGGGACAAAGUGGAUAAUAAGCUAUAUAUAAUAUAAUGAUGUAAUUAAGAAAAAUAUGCAAUCAUCCAUAUUUAUUCAUGUAGAAUUUGGAUUUGAAUAAAAUUACAGAUGAAAUAUGGAGAUCAAGUGGAAAGUUUGAAUUAUUAGAUAGAAUAAUUCCUAAAUUACUUUACUUUAAACAUAAGUUAUUGAUAUUUACUUAAAUGACCUAAUUAAUGGAUAUAAUGGAAACAUACUUUAAAUACAGAGGUUGGUAAUAUUUAAGUGUAGAUGAAUCCAUAAAAUUAGAAGAACGGGAAAGUAGAAUAAACUUAUUUAAUUAAGAAAAUUCAAUAUACAACAUAUUUCUAUUGAAUACCCUGAGUCUAGAAUUAAAUUUAUAAUAAACUGAUACUGUCAUAUUGUUUGAUAGUGACUGGGAUCCAAUGAUGAAUUUAUAAGUUUAUAAAAGAGCCAAUAAAAUUGGGUAAAAAAGCAAUCUUAAAAUUUUAAGAUUAAUAACUGCAAUAUCAAUAGAGGUAAAUAUUCUAACAAAGGAAGUACAAAAGAUAGGAUUGGAUGCAGUUACUAUAUAAGCUAAUUAAUAUAAUUAGAAAUCUAUAGAUUUAGAAAGGUUGUAAGAUUUCUUUAAAUAGUAAAAUAAAGUUGAUCUAUUUGAAACUGGGGAUAUACCAGAUGACAAUUAAAUCAAUGAAUGGAUCGCCAUAAAUGAGGAGGAAUUAGAAAUGUUUAAAAAAUUAGAUAGAUAAAGAUCUGAAGAAGAGAAAUAAAUCUAUAAAUUUCUAAAUAAAAAAAAUAGAGACAAUUAAUAUUUUAAUUAUAGAUUAAUAUAAGAUGAUGAAAUUCCAGAAUGGAUUACAUCGAAAUAAAAAGAAGAGUAGGAAUUCAAAUAAGAUGAAAGAGAUGAAAUAGAGAGAAAAUAAAAUGAAGCUUAGUAUUUUUAUUAUGAUUUUAUGAAGGAAUGUAGGGAGAUAGAUGCAAAUGAUUUAGAUUUAGAAAAUGAUAGUAAAAUAGAUAUAUCAUAAAAAUAAAAUGGUGCAUUUAUUGAGAAUAAAGAGAUUCCUUAAGAGGAAAAUUUAGAUUAAAAAGAUAUUUUUGAUGACAAAUAAGAAAUUUUAGAUGAAAUAGAAUAAAUAAUUUAAAGUAAAUGA